UGCCUGUCUCUGUGCGACACAAGAUCAGACACAACCAGCUGACUGCUGACUGUCUCACUGCAAUGUUGCUCAAUUUUCAUGUGCCUCACUUUGUUUAAGUGCAAACAUAAGUGUUUAAUUUUAAUUUAGUUUUAGAUGAACCAUGGCAGAAAGUAGAUCUAUAUUGAGGUGUGUGUGGUGGGUACUUACAGUACUCCUGGUUCUUGCUCAGUUGGAGACUGGGAUGUCAGCUGCUGUAAGAGAUACGGGCACUGGGUCGCAGCCCCAGCGACCGAAAGCCACAUGGAACAGCACGUGGACGGACCGCCUGAAGAGAGACCUACUGUUCUAUUACGACAAGUUUGCGAGACCAGCACAGCAUACCAACACGACUGUCGUCAACCUGGAUGUGUCCUUCAAACACAUUGGCCUGGAUGAAUUGAAGUCCACAAUGACAGUACAAGGUUGGGUAAGAAUGACAUGGGAAGACGAGAAGUUGAAAUGGAAUGAGAGUCAAUAUGGAGGUCUUAACAUGCUUCAUGUGGCGAACCAUGAGAUAUGGCAGCCCGAUAUUGUGCCCUAUAACAGCGCCACGGGGAACGUGGUGGAUCCCUAUGGAAACACACAGUGCAUCGUCUACCCUAACGGAGAGGUGCUGUGGGUGCCGCCAUCUCAGUUCCAAGUGUUCUGUGACUUGGACCUGCGCAUGUGGCCAUUCGACACGCAAACGUGUCACCUGGUCCUUGGUUCAUGGACAUACGACGGCGAACACGUGGACAUUCACCUCGAUAAAUAUGGAUCAGACGUGGAGCUGUUGGAGACGGGCUCCGAAUGGGAGUUCGUGGGAGUGAAGAAGGCGCGGAACGUGAGGACGUACGCCUGUUGCGCAGAGCCGUAUAUCGAUAUCACGUACAACGUCACAGUGAGGCGACGAUCGCCCACUUACAGCGCCAUUGUCAUCACCCCUGCCACGGUAAUUGUACUGCUGACCCUUGCCACAUUCUGGCUCCCGCCGACAGCAGGAGAGAAAAUCUUGCUGAAUGGGUGUACAGCCACUAUAAUCUGCAUAUUCCUCCUGUAUUUCUCACAGAAGUUGCCGGCCAUGGCAGGACAUACUCCUCUUGUGGUGCUAUUCUACAGCAGCAGUCUCUACAUGGUCUGCAUUGCUACGAUCGUGUCAGUAGCAGUGGUAAACCUGGCACGUAACCAACACGUCACACCGUUACCAUGGAUACUGAAGAACUUUCUCACUGGGUGGCUGGGUCAGGUCCUAUGUUUGGGCAACAUCAUAGAUCAGGCGGCGUCAAUGAGUCACAACAUGAUGUCUGGAAACGUCGAGGAGCUGAGAGAGCAUCAGACGGUGGGAUUUGACGAUCCUGAUCAUACGGGUAACAGCAGUGACGAUCGGCAGAUGAUCACAUCACGAUCUAGAGCUAACUCUCAGCAUGAUUGGGUUUUGCUGGCAGCGGCCAUAGACAGGAUCUGCUUCCUCAUCUACUGCCUCGUCUUUACCAUCCUCGCCACUGUAUACGCAGUCUAACCAAUGGAAAUUGGUGUCACAAGAGCCACAUGCCAAGAAGACAUUUUGUUGUGAAGUUGGCAACAUCAAACACUGCUUCUUUCAGCUGUUUUGUCAAUAUCUCUAUUUAGGUACCAUAAAUCUAUUCCUAAGUAUCCUCGACGGAAGUUAAAUCUUGUUAUAACUACGCAUUCUCUUUAUCCACAUGUUCGCUGAUGCUGGUAACAGUAAGUUCAUUCCGACAGCCUGUAGUGGCCAUGGUAUGACGUCAAGCUACGAUAAUAAAGCAAAAUGGACGCUGCUGAAGUCCUGGAUUCAGCCAGAAAAGUUUCUUGCAGGCUCAAGUUAAAGACGAUCUUUUUGACGAAGAAAAAUUAUUUUCUUUUUUUGGUCCUUUAAUGACGCUGUCUGCAUCUAAACUAUGCAGUGUUGAGUAGUAGGAAAACUGAUGAAUUGGAAAGGGGUUGGAAGAAAGCAGUCGUGGCCUGAGGUAAUAUCUUGGCUGGAGGAACUGAGGAAAACCAAAAGAGACCUCACUUUCCCGGCUCAGAUUCGAAGGCAGUACCUUCCCCCCAAAAAACUACAGCGAUACCUCAAAAUCAACCUGUUCUAUUUUGUAUUCAAGACAGAAUAACAUUAAAAAAUUGGUACCAAUAUUUGGUA